AUGACUCCCGUGCACCCACCGCAGUUCCACAGGAUCCCGGACGAGCCCCCAACUAUUACGAGCCACAAGGUGGUGGUGUCGAGGAUGCUACACGUGCGACGAUCUGCGGUCACGAUGCACAAAUCAAUCGUAAAAGGAGAGUUUCUUGUGGAGCGGUGCACAACCUGUUGCACCCUCUUUCACUGCCCCAUAUGUCCAAUGAACACUGUAUUGGACUUUGGCAAAAUCAUCAUUUACACCAGUAACCUGCGCAUCAUUCGAGCUCCUCCCAGAAAGCCUGAAGCAGAGCAACACCACGGAGCCCACGCUGAGGAGCCGGACAUACCACCACAAGACAGGCCCACGAAGGAGAGGCCCACGAGGGAGAGGCCCACAAGGGAGAAGCCCACAAGGGAGAGGCCCACGAGGGACACAUCCCCGAAGGACAGACCCUCCAAGGACGCAUCCCCGAAGGACAGACCCUCCAAGGACGCAUCCCCGAAGGACAGACCCCCCAAGGACAGGCCCACAAAGGACAAGCCUCCAAAAGCCAAAGAGAGAGGGAGCCGGAGGAGGAGAGCGGCCAGCACCCAGCCAUCUGAGGAGAGGGGGGAGAGGCAGCGGAAACACGCAGAGGACAAGGUAAUGGGCCCUGGACUAAUGGACCUCCAGAGUCUGUGA